GUUUUACUAAUCGGACUAAGCAAUCUUGCCCCUGUGCCCUCUUUAAGUUUAUUUUACUGUCUAUGCUCUUUACUGGUUAUCUGUAGGAACAGGCGAGAUGCGGGGUCCAGUGCGCUGGGUUCUGUGGGAUGUGAAGGACACACUGCUCAAGGUGCGCCGCUCAGUUGGGGAACAGUACUGCAGUGAGGCGUCACGUCUCAGUCUGGAGCUGCCGCCCUUACAAGUGGAAGCCGCCUUCAAACACGCUUACCGCCGUCAGGCCAAACUCUACCCCAAUUACGGCAUCGCACAGGGCCUGGGGGGGCACCGCUGGUGGGUGGCCGUCGUGAAGGACACUUUCCGCCAGUGUGGGGUGCAGGACUCAGCCAUGUUGGAUAAGCUCUCCUUCAACCUCUACCAUAAUUUCAAAAAUGCGGAGAACUGGGAGGUGUUUCCAGACUCGGCUCGUACACUACAGAGCUGCAUCGCCAUGGGCCUGAAGCUCGGUGUGGUAUCCAACUUUGACAACCGUCUGGAGGGCAUCUUGCACGGCUGUGGGCUUCUUCCCCAUUUCAGCUUCCUGCUGACCUCGGAAGGGGCCAAAGUGGCCAAGCCUGACGCAGGCAUCUUCCACCAGGCCCUGCAACGCUGUGGGGACCCAGCCUCCAGCGUGGCUCACGUCGGAGACCACUACGUCAACGAUUACCUCACUGCACGUUCGCUGGGCAUGCGUGGGUAUCUGCUGGACAGGGAUAGUGGCACACAGCACCCAGAUGUUCCACCUCACCACAGGCUCAGCAGCCUAGAUGAGCUGCCAGCCCUGUUGGAGAAAAUUGCAGAGCGGUAGCCUAUUAUAGGUCUCUUUCAUUUUUAUCCAGGACUGGACAGGCACUGUGCUAUGAAGAGAUUUAUAGGCCCAUAAUUUUGCACUGAUUUUCAAUUACGCACCUUUUUACCUCAAUGACUGAUAGGGGUAAAGAUGAGAUAAUGACACUCAGAUGUAAUUUAUAGCUAAUGAAGUCACUAAAACCACUCAUUUAUCUUUAUCUCUAGCUUGUCAGAUUUCGAGAGAAUGAGUUUUGGAUGGUUUUACACAUACCGGUAAUCAUGUUCCCUGGUAGCCUGGAAGCCAGCCUAAAUUUACCCCACCCACACAAUUUGAGUUCGAGAAAGAACUCGAGUUUACUACGCCAGGCUAUAGUUUCCUGGAGAUGUUGCUGUAGGACCAGAGGCUAUUUUCUACUGAUGAAAUGGUAGAUGUUGGUACUGUAGAUAAUGUGCCUGCCGGUAUGUAUGCUGGCAUUAUUACACCUUUGUGGUGCAAAUCUACUUUUGUGUAAAUCUACUCAUUGUGUUUUAUUGUGAUCCACUUGUCAAUGGUGUGGUCCAUGAGCACAGUGGAGCUGUCCGUUGCAGUUUCUUGUUCAUCCACAGGAUGGUGUGAAUUGCCUUUCCUCUCACAGCUUCUAUUAUGUGAUCAAUAUUUUUUACAAUUCCAAUAUUGUUUCAUUAAUUAUUUGUGAGAGUAUCCUGGUUAAUCGUGCAGUUCAUCAGUCUUUUAGGGAAAUAAUGACACUUUAAAUCCUUUUAAAUCAGUAUUUUUGAUUAAUCAGCUGACAAUAGAAUAAUAAAAAGGUACAUCAUUAUUUUAAUAAAUGCUAUUUUAAUGAC